UUCGAGUUGCGCCACAAUUUGGUAAUACUUGUACAAACCGAAAAAGCGGUGGUACGUAGCAACGGUAGCGGCAACAACCGGUCAUGGCUUGUCGCAACAUUGACUCGAAGCUAGUGGCUUAGUCUUCGAUGAGUUGGGCUCGAAAGCGGUUGUCGUAUACGGAUCAAUUUGUAUUUGGUACGCUUGCACGGAUAUACGAAAUUUUCGUGAGUUCGUUGUAUGCGUCGAAGUAAGAGAGGAAUUUGUGAAAUGUUCAAUGGAAAUUGACAAGAAAACGCAAGCAGAAAUCGAUUUUUUACUCAAUUGUGUUUUUGGGAAAACUUCGCUUUCAUAAAAUUAUUUACCUGCCCGUGAAUCAGUGCAUUUCAAUUGGUGAUUAAUGUGUGCACUUUAGCAUUCACUGUUGCGACUGCGCAGUGUUGAUGUCGUAAUUGUGGCAGUGCUGACUUUUGUUAGUGAUUUUGGCUUUUGGUAUCACUCGUUAUUCUAAAUAAAGCUGCGGUAAUUAUGCUGGCCAAAGAAAAUUAAAAAAAAAAAAAAAAAAACAAUGAAAUAUAAAAAUAACUAAAGCAGAAAAUCACCUCCAAUUAAAGUAGCAACGCUCAUUGUUGCUGUGACUUUGUGCGUAUCGCGCUAUAUUCGUUAGUUACGAUUUCGGCUAAUUAAAAUUUGUUGGCCAGUGGACUCAAUCGGUGGACCUUGAAACGUGCACGCAAUAAAGACAUGAAACAAAUUGUACCGCCCUUGAUGCUAUCUUGAAACCCUAAAACGUAGAAACAACGAAUUUUCGCAAAAAAAACAAAAACAAAUCGGUUUUCGCAUGUAAUGUCCUGUUAAUUAAAUACGCGUUAAAAAGUUUGAUAAUUCAUUUAGUUAUCCCUUGAAGCAUAUGUUCUAGAUACCUGAAAGAUUAUGCGACCCAAUGUCAGUAGCGGCUGUUGUACGCUAGAAAACGCUGCAAAUGCUGCCAGUGUAAGGAAUUUGCAAGUAUAUCCUUUGCCUCCUGGAGCUAAUUUACAUUCGAAUCCGCAUUCACAUCAUCAUCAGCAGGCGCAACAGCAACAAAACCACAUCCAUCGUAUUCAUUCACAACAGCAUUUUUCCCUACAACAACAAUUCAAGCCUCAAGCGCCUACCGCGUGGUUUCCACCACAAAGCCUUUAUAAUGCCAUGCCACAUCCGUCAAACGCGAGCAAAGCAGCUGCCAAUGGUCGUCAUCAAGGAAUACCUUUUGUGGCACCACAGCCGCCAGCUUUGAUACAAAGCCAUGGCCAGCAACAGCAGCAGCAACUAAUCCCAGCAGCCCCACAGUCCCAUUCGCACCAACAACACCAGUAUCAACAGUACCAAUGCAGCCCACAACAGCAAAAACAUCAAUCAACGCAUUUUCCCCAAAAAUCCCAAUGCGUUUUGCAGUCCACCUCCACCGUUAGUGGCGCUCAUCCUUUUAGUGGUUACCUGUCUGCAAAUACACCUCACACCCGACCAACGCCAGAUCAAUUAAGCGCUGGCGCGUCGUCAGCGGGACCACCGCAUUCAGCCAGCUUUACCAAGCUAGCAUCAACAUCGAUAGUUAACCAACAACGCGUCAAUGAAUGCGCUGGCAUACCACUCAUUUCAAAUUCCACCACACAUCUCGCAGCUAACCAGCGACAACGCGUUCAACGCAAGCUGUCUCGCUCGCCUGGACCCCAUCAAAAGCUAUCAGCUGUUGGUGGCAUCGAUCCCACCUAUAAACCACAGCAUCCCUGUGUCGGUCUUUAUAUGGCGCGUAGCGCAAACGCUGUCAGUUGCUCGCAUAUUUCCCAACUAGCUGCACAUGCUCAAGGUGCACCCUUACUACUGAAUAAGCAGUAUCAGCAACAACAACAAUGUGCUGCUCCAAAAUGGCCAAUGACGCACAGCACUUCUAAUACCUUUCAGUCCGCAGCGUCUUCACACUGUUCACUAAAUGCCCAGAUGGCCUCGGUCGGAACAGCGGUUAAGUCAAACACUGAGAAAGCUUCUCGUGCUACAUUGCGUUACCAACACUCAGCUCCAGCCGCUCUAAGUACUCGCGGAAAAGAGAGUACAACACAGACAACACAAGUGAGCACGGCAUCCUCAGAGGCAAUUAAACACAGUACCGAGGCUGGAGACACUGCAUUACCACGCAUAAUUAAACCACGAAAACGACGUAAAAAGGAUCGUAAGCCCACAACUAACGCCGUUUUACUGAAACUGGAUGCAGCCGCUGCUUCUGGUGCAACUUCGGAAAUUGCCAGGGACUGCUCGCAAGAAAUGCCGGCAUUGAAUAUGCAGCAAUCUCAACUGAUGUCAAGACAGCCACAAGAAUUGCAACGCCUGCAACAUAAAUCGUACUUGUAUCCGCACCAGGACUCUAACGAAAAUCUAUAUAAAUUUAUAAACUUUUACCUUGGUACUCAGCAGCCAAUGGAUAAUGCUGACAGCACACACGUUUUUAACUCAAAUCUACCACUGUUUGACUACAAACCCAGAGGUAUACUACCAUCGCCGUGCUUAAAGUCCCCACGCUGUGUGAGUGGAAUCAGACAUAAACAGUGCGAUGCGUCACGAGAUGAGCACAGUAUUUGUGUUUGUCGGCACUGUGAUCCGCUACGUUCAAUUUGGGAUUACCCUCUGAGGCGCUCGCUCUCUGACUCAUCGGCCGCCUCGAUACGUACACAUUCCUCCUCGUCAUCUUCGUCGUCGUCUUCAUCACAAGCUUCCUCCACUGAGACCGCAUCAUCCUCCUGUUCGUCGGCGCCGCUGACAGAUGGCGCUAUUUCACCUUCAACCGCACUUUCUCGUGCUCAUCGUGUGGGCGUUAUUGGCUCUAAUCGUAAUUGUCUGGAUAGCAAUAGAGAUGUGGCUAAACACACUGAAAAGGGUUGCGAAGUAUUUGGUGGAAGAACAACAACGAAUGGUUGCCUUAGCGAUUCAAAUGACUCGGGUUAUGGUGACAUACUUAGUGGCAUCAACAUUGCGGACGAUUUCUUCAGCCAGAGCACAUACAAUAUUUCCACUGCGUUAACGCCACUUUUAGCUACAACCCACGAACCAGUACUGGAUGUGCGACAAUCUGCGGCUGAUCAAUCAAUGAAAACUGCGCAAAUGUAUGGCUGUGGGACCGAAACGUUGCUGCCCUUGUUACCAGCAACCGCAGAUGCAUUGUUGACUGAGAGCAUCAAAGAGAUUUCGCGCAAACUCAUUGAAACUUGUGGUAGCGAGCUGUCGAACGAAUUUACAGGAGCAGCAAUACGCUCACAAAGCGCCUAUUCACGUUGCAGCAGUGAUUUCUCCGCAGAUAGUGGCAUCGAUAGCGCCGCCAUCGUAAAUUGUGACGAGUUGGUGUUUAAGUUUGACAAUUUAAAUUUUAUGAUUGAUGUUGCGAAAGAUACAGCUAGCGACAACAACAACAACAACUACUUAGGCACAAACAACAGCGAAUUGGCUGCUACAGCAGGGAACUCGUUCUCCGAGUUGCUUAAGUUACCUAUAACAGCAACUGGACCAGAAACGGCAGAAUGCAUAAAUAAAAGUAAUUUUUUCAACGAUGCAACAAACCUAAAUCUACUUUUCGAUUUGAAUAAUAAUGAAAAUAGUAUUUUUGAAUUUGAACCCGAAAACGAACGCGAAUCUGAACGCGAACGCGAACGGCUGCGAAAAGCAUUACACGAAAAACAACAACAACACGAUCAACAAUUCAUAAAUAAUUGUUUCGAUUUAGUGUGGCCAACAACGUUUGAGAACUGCAUGCGCAAGACAGUUACCAAAAUUCUAGAUAUGGAUGUGGAAAAGCAGUUGGGUGCACUACCACAUCCAGAAAUUGCAUAGAUAGAGACAAACGUGAGGCAGGCAAUAUAGUGCUGCAUAGCGAAGGAUCAGCUGGAGCUCUGUAAGAGUUUGAGUAAGACGGAGGCUCAGAAGUAGUCCUUCAUAUUUGUAUGCCUUAAAAUAAAUCUUUGGGUGCCUCUGAACUACAUAAGUACCCAUUAUGCAACCGAAAACAUUUGCUCCCUCGUUUGCCGCUUCAGCUCAGUCAGGUUUGUUCGAUCCGUGCACGACGGCAACUGCAAAAAAAGGUUACGCAAUGAGAUUAUUAAGACAGUGAAAACGAGCGUAAUGUCUUAAGGGUUAGCCAACAGCCAGCAGCAAGAAAUACCAAAAAA